GGACCCAACUUCGGAGCUGCUGCCAAGGGCCUGUAACAUAAUAUCUCAGCGUUUCAAGGGUAAAUCAGCGUCAACUGCCUUUGCUGUCCACCAGAAAAAAGCACCAAGUGGAAUGAGCAGAGCAGUAUGAAGAGUGGCAGUGUUGCUGCCGCUGGUGGUGGUGCGGUCUGCGCGCAGGAGGGCAGAUUUCCAGCCCUGCGGGGCCGAAGAAAGGAGCGGGAUUUCGUCCAAGAGGGAACGGCGGAAAGCGCUCAAGGACGCAGGGUGAGGAAGGAGAGUAUUGGGAGAGAUUGUUUCUUGAAGAGAAAGAAAGACACUUUAGAGGUAUUACAAGUGCAUAAAUAAUGUGCACUGCUCUGAGUCCGAAGGUGCGCGGUGGUCCUGGCCUUUCUGAUAUGCAUCAGUAUAGCCAGUGGCUAGCCAGCAGACAUGAAGCUAAUCUGUUACCCAUGAAGGAAGAUCUAGCCUUGUGGUUAACACAUUUAUUAGGGAGGGAAAUAACCGCAGAAGCGUUUAUGGAGAAGCUGGAUAAUGGUGCUUUGCUCUGUCGGCUUGCAGAAACUCUACAAGAAAAAUUCAAAGACAGUAUUGAUGCAAACAAGCUGAUUAAGCGCCUGCCGGUGAGAAAGAUUCCUUGCAGAGCCAAUGCACCAUCAGGUUCAUUUUUUGCACGAGACAACACAGCUAAUUUCCUCUCCUGGUGCAGAGAUGUUGGGGUGGAUGAGACAUGCCUAUUUGAAUCAGAAGGGUUGGUUCUCCACAAGCAACCCAGAGAAGUGUGUCUUUGUUUGCUGGAGCUUGGCCGCAUUGCAGCCAGGUUUGGCGUAGAACCACCUGGUUUAAUAAAGUUGGAAAAAGAGAUUGAACAAGAAGAAACCCUUUCAGCUCCUCCUCCAUCUCCCUCUCCUUCCACAAUGAAGUCUCCUGGAAAAAAGAGUACAGGAAAAUUGCUGGAUGAUGCUGUGAAGCAUAUUUCUGAAGAUCCUCCCUGCAAAUGCCCAAAUAAGUUCUGUGUGGAACGUCUCUCCCAAGGACGAUACAGAGUUGGAGAAAAGAUCCUUUUCAUAAGGGAGUGGAUGCGGCCCAGCCAACUGAUUGCAGGCAGCCAAGAUUAGCAAGGAGCGACUCACAAAUGAUGCUGCACAACAAACACGUCAUGGUCCGUGUGGGAGGAGGCUGGGAGACUUUUGCAGGGUAUUUGCUGAAACACGACCCCUGUCGAAUGCUGCAGAUCUCCCGCGUGGAUGGCAAAACCUCUCCCAUCCAGAAUAAAUCACCAACACUCAAGGACCUGAGCCCAGAUAAUUACCUGGUGGUCUCUGCUCACUACAAAACUAAGAAGGAGAUAAAGUGAGACUCCAUUAUUUUGAGUGGGCCUGCAUAAAGGUCUUAAUUCCCUUCACCAGUGUAGUCAGUUUAGUUCAGGUGCUUUGACAGACACCUGAACAUUUACCGCCUCCAGACAGACAAUGGCAAUAUCCAUGAAGGAUCUUCAGAUCAUAGCACUAUUUAUUUCUAAUGCUCUUGUAGAAAAUGGCCAAUUAGCUAAUUUACUAAAUGAAAUCAAAAUUAUGUGCAAACAUUUUUAUCCAAAUCAUUAUUUUUUCAAAAUUUGGACAUUAUAUUUAGUUUAAAGGCUCUGUUCCGUUUAAAGGUAAAUAAACCCCGUGCUGCCAGCUUAGUAGAAAAAUCCACUGAGCACUCAACUUUGUUGUUAGGGGAAAGCGUGCAUUUAGGUUUUGUAGAUCAAUCAAUGGAAAAUAUAUGUUUCAUUUCCUACAGAACAAUGAAAUUCUAGAUUUUUUUUCAUGGCAGAAAUUUAAGUAAAUUUGAAAAAUAAACAAAUUAGUAUGAUAAUCAUAUGCUACUUAAACCACAGAAACAAACACUGCAAGGAAGCGCAGAUAGUAUUUGCAACCGUUGAAAUUCUACAAAAGUGUACUUGCAUUUAAUAGAAUGCCUUAAAGAUAAUUUCUCAGUUGGGGUACUUAGGUAGCAAUCACAUAUAGCCUGAAGGGAUUUGCUUGUGAACUGUUUCACACAUUCCUAAAAGCUAAGUUGUGUAUCACCUAGUUUGGUUCAAUACAUAUGUUUAAUAUCUUACGUAUUUGUUUAUAUUUUAACGAUAAAUUGUACAGUCAAGCUUUCAUUUGACUUCAUGUUAUGUUGAAACAUUUUCUUUUUGGAGUAUGUUUUUAGAGUUAAUCCUACUUUGCUAUGCUGUGUAGUGAAGUAUGUUCACUGUGUUAAUGAUGUUAUGGACUUAUGUAUACCCUUGUAUACUGGGAUGUGGCUUUUUGAUAAUAAAAAUAGCAAAUUAUAUGUCAUCACUAUUCAUGAAUUAAAAGCUUUCCAAAACUA